AUGCCUUCCAAUUCAAGCACCACCAGACAUUAAAAGCCGCCCACUCAAUACUCCAAUCAACUCAGAGCUAGGUCUCAAAACGCCUACAAUGCCAAUUAGGCUCGCAAAAACGUGAAUAGAUCUCAAAAUUCACAACCUAGCUCGACUUCAAACAAUAGAUCAGUGACCUUAAAUAAGUAAUUUCAGUUUGCCAAUGCUCAAGGAUACUAAUUAGACCCUAGUAGUCUUGGGAAUACCGAGUAAUUCAUGAGUUUAAACAAUACCACCACUCAUUAGCAGCAACAGAUACAAGCUUUACUCGCAGCAAAUCAUUACUUGUAACAAUCAUCCUCUCUUGAAGAUGCCAAUUCAUACAUCAAUCAAAAUCAUUAUCACAAUUUUCAGCCUCCAACAAUAUAAACACCCACAACGUUAAAUUAAAAUAAUCAAAGGAGAGGCAAGCAUGUCAAAGCAUACAGCAUGGCCUAGAGUACGAGAGCAGGAGGCAUUGGACCUAAUGGACACAACAUUCCAAUGCUUACAACUUCUUAGCAAAAAAUCGGAACUACUGAGCAGUAUUUAAAUCAGCCUCUUCAAUUAAAUUAAAGGAUUAUGAACCAAACUCUACAGUACAACAAUCAAAAUAACAACAUUCCCCAAUAUGGAAUUGCCUAGAUGACUCCACUCAAUUACUCAACAAUCACAGCAGGCUAGUAGAAUGAAAGUGACAUUUUGAACAACUACUUCUCCUACAAUUUCAAUCUUACUCAAAACAAUCAGAAUUCUGCUUAGAAAUAUGGUAGCACUAAUACAGGCAUCAAUCAAUAUGCUUUUAACCCCUUUAUGAAUUACAAAUAAAGUGGAGUUUCGCAGUCAUCAUCAAGAAUAUCUGCUGCUAAACUUAAAAAUUUGAAUAAUACUAUAUCACAUAUCAGAAGUUUCUCUAAUUGCAGUAAGAGAGACUUUUAAAUAUCUUCAAAGAGAAGUGGAAUCACCUAUAAUUAAAGUCAAACUCUUCAGUAGAAUAAUAAAGCUGUCAAUCAAACCUUAAGUAACAUUACUGAAUCAUAAUUACUUGAGAGCGAGGAAUACUUUGAACAAGGUAAGAUAUUCCUUAGUGAUAAGAAAUACAAAGAAGCAGUCAAAGCCUUUACUAAGAGUUUAAGCUUAAAUAAGUCAAAUUUUGAUGCAAUAUUUUACAGGGGAGUCACAUAGCUAGAUCAAGGUUAGCCUGCUAAAGCAAUAUAAGAUUUAAAUGAGCUUAUUGAUACUUGCCCUGAUUAUAGAAAGACAAUGUUUAUUGUACUUUCAAUCGCCUAUAGAAGAACAAAUGACUAUACUGGAGCAUUAAGAACUUUAUCUAAAGCUAUUGUUAAAUACCCUAGAUACAUUGAAGCAUAUAUAGCUAGAGGAUAAAUUUACAUCUUUUAAAAGAAAUGGGAUAAAGCCUUGACUGAUUUUAGAAACGUUAUUUCUCUCCAAGAAGAUAAUGGACUAGGAUUUUUAGGUUAAGGAGAUAGUUUAAAAGGCAUUGACCCAUAAUGUAUGUCACAGGGUCUUAUGAAGAGAGGUAUACUCUAUCUGCAAAUGAAGUAUUCUGAAAAAGCUCUAGAAGAUUUCAACAAGCUUUGUGACCUAGCAGAGCAACAAAACCCUCAAUAGCCUCAAGCUAUUAGUAAAUCAUAUUUCUAUAAGGCUAAGACUUUGAAAAAGAUGGAAAAUCACAAUGAUGCAAUUUUACACUUUGAAUAGGUUAUUAGACUUUCUGAUGACACAUUCCUGCAAAGUUCAGCACUAUAUGAAAUUGCAAAAAUCAAAAUCUAGCAAAAAGACUUUUAUGAGGCCUAUUAUAAUCUAUAAAGAGCAACACAUUAUAAACUCAAGCAGAAAAAGCUCAUUAAUUACAAGAUUUUUACAGAGGGUGUUAUAUUUCUUAUGAAAAGGAAGACCAAAACAGGGUUGAAAUUAUUAUCAGGGUUGUUAGAUAAACUAGCAUAAUCUUCUUAGCAAACACAAACAGAUUACAUAACACCACUCAUCUAUAUUUACAGAGCUUACGGGUAUUUUAUCACAGAUGAGUAUGACAAGAGUUUGAAAGACUAUAUCAAGUCAAAUUAGUUGAAAAAGCUAAACAACUCUGCAUACUACAACAUGAUAAUGUGCUAAGGUUUGAAAAGUUUAGAGAAAAAAGAAUAUGAAAAUGCAAUUUCCUUUUUCACUAAAGCAAGUCAAAAAAUCCCAGGAAAUAGAGACCCUUAUUUUUUAAGAGCUGUAAGUAUCGUUUAGUAUGCUCUUCACAAGCCAAUCAAACCUCAAACUAAAAAUAAGAUGCUUAGGGAUGCUAAGAGGGAUUUAAAUAGAGCCCUAAAGCAUUCACCAAAGGAUUACUAGGUGAUGUAUUUCAGAGGUGUUUUGAACUUCGCAUUACACUAUUUUUUCGAUGCCAUUACUGAUUUUGAAACAGUUAUUGAGAAAUCAGAAGAAACUAGUGCUAAAUUUUACCUCGCUCGUGGUCGAUGUUACGCAUGUUUAAGCGACACAGGUCUUGCAUUUAUGGAUUUUCAGAAACUAAUUGUCCUAGAGCCGGUAUUACCACUUUACAUUUCUCAUUAACCUUUAUAGAAAAAUCCGAUGGUUCAUAUAUACGCAGGUAAUCUGCUGAUGACGACUGGCUCAUAUGAAGAUGCAACUAAAGCCUUUACAAAUGCAGAUAACAUACACAAAUCACCACUGGCCCUUUAUUAAAGAUCAAGGUGUCAUGUCGCUUUAAAUAAUAUGAAUGAGGCUUUAAAGGACUUAAAUAAAGUUAUUGAAAUUUCUCCAAAUGACAAGGUGGCAAUUGCAGAUAAGGAGUGUCUUACUGCACUCAAGCAGGCAGCUACUACUCCUCAGCAAACUAAUUAAUAGAUUCAUGAAAAGACUCUCUAUGAAAAAUCAGCGAAUAUGCUAACUAAACUAAUCUCAUAUGAGAAAAACGAGCAUUUAGCGAGAAUAAAUCAUGAUUCAAGUAUUAUGCAUCAUCAUUCAUAGAUAAUCCCAAGUGCAUAAAGAACUAAGACAGAUAAAAUCAGGGCCAUCCGAAGAAGAAGAGAGCAAGAUAGGGCUGUGAAUAAGUAGAUAAGCCAGGGUGGGGAUAAUAGUCUGAGGAAAAAUGACCUAAGAUUCAGAGUUGCAAAUUAAGGAGACGAUGAUGAAAACGGAGAUGAGUAUGAUGACAUAAGUGAAAUUGAUGAAAAGGAGCUUGAAAAGAUUAACAAGAGAAAAGAACUUGAUGAGAUGUCUAACUUUACGGACACCAAAACAAUGGAGGAUGAAAAAGAGGAGGAGACUAACUACUAUAAAGAGAACAUUUUUAAUAAAGAGGACUAUUAUCUCUAUAGAGCAGUAAUGUUCUUUUACAGUGGAGAAUAUGAAAAGUCAAUUCAAGACUUCGAGCAAAGCUCUUCCAUCAUGCACUCAAAUAAAGUUCUAUACCCUAGAAACUAGUUCCCAGAUGAUGACUCAGGAAAUGAGAAAGCAGAUGAUAAUGCUUCAAAUGGUAGCAGUUAAACAGAUCUCUCCGAUGUCGGUCUAUGCUCCCUAAAUAUCCAUGAGUACUCAUUUAACACUGUCCUGAAUUUGCUACAAUUAAAAGAAUACAAAAAAGCUACAACUAAGAUAGACUAUAUCCUAGAUACUAUUCCUAAGAAGUAUGCCUAAUAGCUUUGGCUGAUUAGACAUAUAGUGAAUCAAAUACUUGGGCAUAGUCAUCUGGCUAAAAAGGACUUAAAGAAAGCUUAUAAAUAUGACAAAGAAAAUACAGUUAAGUUUAUAGACCAAAAGCAAAAUGUGCAGCUCAAUGUUUUCCCACAGUAAUCUAGGCUUUGCAAUUUCUUCUCAUACAUGAAGUUCUAAUUCCCUGGCUUUAAUGGGUGCCUUUACAUGAAGCCUUCUUUCAGUUUCCCCUUUAUCAAGCCACCUAACAUGAUACCAUGUGUCGACAACUCAGUGCUUGAGCAAUUCACAGCAAAAGCUAUACCUCUAAAACCUGAAGCUCCUUGGAUAAAAAAAUGCUCCUUUGGUAUUAAGUUCACCGAAGAGAUCUAUUUCACAGAUGAUGAUAGAGAAGCCACUCCUGAUGAGGAAAAAGAAUACAAGAAGCGCAAACAGUAAUAGUAAUAGCGAGCUAGAGCAGCAGCCUUUAUUAAGUCUUUUAGUGAAAAAAUAAUUCUGAAAAAUAAAAUAUUCCUAAAGGAGGACAAUCCACCAGCUGAAUAGCAAUAAAACCCAGGACAGGCUCGUGGAGGACCAAAUGUAGCACAUCCAGGAGUGAUUUAGAUGGAAGAAGGGGAUGAAGAAGAAUAUGAAUAAGAAGAGUUUGAGCAAAUACCUAAUAUUGACGGUAGCUAAGGCAUGCAGUACGGGCAAGACGAGGAUGAAUAUGAUGAUGAUCCUUAUCAGGAUGAAGAGGAGUUAAUGGAACGAAGAAACCAGAGAUAUAAAAUGCAGCUUGAGGAGCUGAAAGAGACUAUUCAGGCACACAAAUACAGGAAGUGA